UAAAAUUCAAUUCAGUAUAUUUAUCAGAAAACAUGGCGUGGAAUUGCUGCUCCUGCUCUUCCUCUCCGGCAACCACUUCUCCGGUUGCAGUUCCCGCCAUUUACACCACCGGCAGAACUCGUAACCGUUUCACCACCACUCUCAGUAAGCAGAAGAAUCUCUCCUCACAAUUCCAAUCCACCAGAAAUGGCGUCGUUUUGUCAAAUUUCAGAGCUAGGAGCAAAUCCACGGAAGCGGAGCUCGGAAUCGACCCUUCGCCGCCGUCCGAUGAGAUUGAGUGUAUAGGCACUGGAUUUGACGUCGAAUGCGUUUACCCUCCCGCCGAUGAUUUUUCAGAAAACCAGACAAAAAAAUUGAGCCAGGAAUCCGGCAAAACGACGUCGGAUUGGGUUUUAUUGGCAUUGGAAUUAGGGCUUUUGAUAUCGCCGUUCUUCUUCUGGGGCACGGCGAUGGUGGCGAUGAAGGAAGUUCUCCCCAAAACGGGGCCCUUCUUCAUGUCGGCGUUUCGGCUAAUUCCAGCCGGCUUCCUAUUGGUCGGCUUCGCGGCUUCCAAAGGGCGGCGUUUGCCUUCGGGUUUCAAUGCGUGGCUGUCGAUCUCGGCAUUCGCUCUCGUCGAUGCUUCGUGUUUUCAGGGCUUUCUGGCUGAAGGAUUGGACCGGACUACAGCUGGUUUGGGCAGUGUAAUAAUUGAUUCGCAGCCUCUGACUGUGGCUAUUCUGGCAUCGUUAUUCUUUGGGGAGUCGAUAGGGUACGUUGGAGCUGCUGGACUAAUACUUGGUGUUGUAGGACUUUUACUUCUUGAGGUACCCGCUCUUGCUUUUGACGCGAACAACUUUUCAUUGUGGGAAAGUGGAGAAUGGUGGAUGCUUCUUGCAGCACAAAGUAUGGCAGUUGGUACUGUAAUGGUCCGUUGGGUGUCCAAAUACUCGGAUCCUGUUAUGGCUACUGGAUGGCACAUGGUUAUUGGUGGUCUCCCUCUUAUGGCAAUCUCCAUUCUUAAACAUGAUCCCGCCCUCUCGAGUUUUGAUGAGCUUACGACAAAUGACGUUUUAGCCCUUCUUUAUACCUCAAUAUUUGGAAGUGCCAUCAGCUAUGGUGUCUACUUCUACAAUGCUACAAGAGGAAGCUUGACAAAGCUGAGCUCCCUUACCUUUCUCACUCCAAUGUUUGCAUCUGUUUUCGGGUUCAUCUAUCUCGGUGAGACCUUCAGCCCACUGCAACUGGUUGGAGCAUUCAUAACCGUUGCAGCAAUAUAUAUGGUCAACUACAAAACCGAGGCCCAAUGAAGUGCUAUCGAUCAGUACACACACACACAUAUGAAGUUACCUAAUGUGGACUAUCCAAAAAUAGUGCAUACCAGAAAAAAGAGGAGAGAUCUCCAAAUAUACCAACGAUGAAAGUUUGUUGGAACGAAAACUCGAUACGAAAUAUUCAUCAAACUUUUAUCAGCAUUUAGAUAGGUUCCCCCGGGUUGUCAGCUCCAAAGAUGAAGGCCGAGAGAAAAUGAUCUCAUCAAAUGGUGAAAAGGUUACUAAGAAAUGAACAGUGGGAGACGUCGUCAAGAAGUUAAUCGUUAUAACCGAAAACGUUAUAUAUAUUAUUUUGAUUAAUGUUAUUGAUAAUUUUGAUUUUUUAGUGAUUUAAAUUUUUUAUUUAUUAAUGAUAGUAAACUUGGACACUAUGUAAGACGAUUUUCUUGUUAGAAAAUUUGUAUAUUAAUCAAGUUUAUAAUGACGGUUAAACUCCGACCUUUGUAGCAACAGUAGAUUAAAAUAGAAGAAUGUGAGAUACCCCUUA